AUGACACCACCUCCACCAAGAUUUACAGAUGAGGAUCAUCCAAAUUACUUGCUUUUCUAUAAGAGUCGACUUCCUCGUCUUCAUCCUUCGAAUUUGUCCACUGUGUCAUCAACAUCGAACACGGAAACUUCUUUGGCUGUAACAUCCAGUACUGAAAUCAUAACAGAUUUGGUAACCGAUACAUCCAGUCUAGGUACCCAUGACACCCAUAAUUCAAUAAAUCCUACAGAUGUUGAGUCAUCAUCUCCUCUGAUUUACAAAACUUCAACAUCCUUGGAAUCGACUACACUUACUCAUACUACAGAACACGUAUUAGCUUUGGCUGUAACAUCCAGUACUGCAAUCAUAACAGAUUUGGUAACCGAUACAUCCAGUCUAAGUACCCAUGCCACCCAUAGUUCAAUAGAUCCUACAGAUGUUGAGUCAUCAUCUUCUCUGAUUUACAAAACUUCAACAUCCUUGGAAUCGACUACGCUUACUCAUACUACAGAACACGCAUUAGUUUUCCCCUUGAUGACUGAAGGUCCUGAAAUCAAAAAGUACUCAAAUAAAAAAAUGCUUUUCUUAAUUGCUGUGGUUGCAAGUGGUGGAGGAAUUGUAGUGACUGGACUCGUGGGCAUUUGUUUGUACAGAUGCACACGAAAGUCAAAGGCAGAGAGGAUUUGGAUGGAAUUCGUCAGCAAACAACUGGGACAUUCUUUAGCAACAGCCAGUUCAUACACAACUGGAGAGGAAGACGCAGGGAUUUAUUCAACCAUCGACUCCUUGAAACCCCCCUCACGACCACCAGGAAACAGUGAAGAGUCAAUGCCAAUUAAGAUUGAACUGAAUCAAUUGUACGCCUCCAUCCUCAAAAACGGCCGUCUCAAGUGACAACAGCAGAGUUUACAUUCACCUGACGGUCUGCUGAAAGAAUAAGACUCUGCCUGCUACUGUUUUAAUGCAGGCUAAAGAUGAUCAAUCUUCAUUUUAAACAGGAUUUAUUUCUCCAUGGCAAAUGCCUUUUAUUGUACAGUAAAUGUUAUUGUAACUUCUGCUUCUUAAUUUCAGUAUCUUAACCUUUCGAAACGGUAACAUAAUCAUCCGUCUGAUUUCGGUUUACUUGUAUUUUUGGCAGUUUCACGUGUAUAGUAUAAUCACAUCGAAAAGCACACAGGAUUAAUAUGCAUAUCAUUAAGUAAUAACAAUUUCAUAAUUUUGUACAGUGUUAUUGUGAAUAGCAGUUUUAUUGAUGAACAUAGGCUCACUCAUAUUUUGUCCUGUUGCUUUAUGUGAAUAUUUUACCUGAUAUUUUACCUCUUUUUUCUCUCUCUUCUCGUACCUUUUGCAAUUUUUCUAUCUUCGUAUUUCUCUACAUAUUUUCAUAUUCUUUUUGCUCUUAAUAUUUAAAAAUGUUAAUUGUUUUGUAUUCGUGAUCAAAUAAAUGCAACCUUAGUGAGCAUGAGAGACUUCUUCCAAAAACAUUAAAACAUGUUUCCAAGCCCAAUCUUCUGAAUGGUGGUGUUCUGUAAGAAAUUAUUUAAUUUAAUUUUAUAUUUUAUUUUAAUAUCUUAUAUUACCUUUUUUAUAUCACAAUUUUAAAGUAUAAAAAUAGACUAAAACCAGCAGACUUAAAUCAGAGUUUAAAUAGUUAAAGUUAUUAAGCAGCAGUUGUUGUUGUUGUUUUUUCUGCAGCCCCAUCUCUGCUCAACCACAAUGGUGUCUUGUGGUUUAACACUUUAGACAAACACAAACAACUGUUAUAAAAUUGAUAAAUUGGCUUUGAUAUGAAUAUUCUAUUCUGAACUUCCUUUUAGCAUCAGAAAAAUUAAAUGUCCCAAUCAUUAUACUUGUCAUAUGUUUAAUUGCAUAGAGACAUAUCGUGCCAUUUGUUUUAUAGGUUUCCUUUCAUUGCUUCAAAAUAAUGAUUGUAAAUCAUUCAACAGUU